AUGAUGGCUAAGAAGCCUCCGAAACCAGCGCCCCGCAGGAUCUUCCAGGAGAGGUUAAAGAUCACUGCUCUGCCCCUGUACUUUGAAGGGUUUUUAUUAGUCAAACGGCCUGAGUACCAGGAGUACAAACUCUACUGGACAGAGUUGAGAGGAACUACGCUUUUCUUUUAUACCGACAGAAAAAGCACAAUAUACGUUGGCAAGUUAGACAUAAAAGACCUUGUAUGCCUUACUGACCAAAAUUCAACUGAGAAGAGCUGUGCAAAAUUCACUCUUGUUCUGCCUACAGAGGAAGUACAACUGAAGACAGAAAACACAGAAAGUGGGGAAGAAUGGAGGGGCUUCAUUCUUACAGUAACAGAGCUGUCCGUUCCUCAACACGUGUCACUUCUACCGGGGCAAGUGAUUAGACUGCAUGAAGUCUUAGAGAGAGAAAAGAAAAGAAGGCUUGAGACAGAGCGGUUGCCAGUUAUGCCUGCAGAGAGAGAGAAGGAGCCGGAGCAAGAUGAUGUGGAUGUACCGAACCCUAUGCCAGCAUGUUUUUAUGCAGUUUCCCGGAAAGAAGCAACCGAGAUGCUGGAGAAGAAUCCUUCUUUGGGAAAUAUGAUCCUGAGGCCUGGCAGUGACAGUAAAAACUACUCCAUCACUAUCCGACAGGAGAUAGAAAUGCCAAGAAUCAAACACUACAAAGUAAUGAGCGCUGGAAAGAACUACACCAUCGACCUGGAAAAACCCGUAACACUCCCAAACCUUUUCAGCGUCGUUGACUAUUUUGUGAAGGAGACGCGAGGGAAUCUGAGACCAUUCAUACAUUCAACUGAUGACAACCUCGGUAUGGUCAAGAGCCCAACACAGAAAAGUGAGAAGCUGAAGAAAAAUCCACACAAGGCAUGAAAUAAAGUGAAAACAGCCUCCAUAGGUCUUGGUAUUUAUUGUUUUCAAAAGGAAGACUUUCACUUUUAAAGACAAUUAUCUCUGACCCUAAAUCACUUGUUUGGGAACAAGAAUAA